AACUAACUGACAAAAGCCGGAUUAUUUGUUAUAUUAAAUAUUCUACCGGACUGUUGUUUACAACGCCUAGUUUUGAUUUUGCUGUAUUGAAGUUGAGUAACUUCAGCUAAAUACAUGAAUAAAAGCUUGAUACUUCGCUAAAUUUCAGCUUAGCUUUCAGCACAGGCUACAUACAUACUGAGACUGUUAUUAUGUUUCCUACCUGUAUUCGGACAAAUCCCGCCUAACGCGCUGGCUCACUCCUCUAUUGGUGGGCCACCUUUGAGUGUGAACCAUUAACCAAUAGUAGGGCAAAAGCCGGGGCGGUACGAGCCAAUCACAGCGGAGGAAGUGCAACUUCUCGGAAUACGGGUGGGGAAAGCAAUGCAGUAAGACUCGGUAAGCAUAGCAACAGUCCGCCAAAAGUUGAGCGCUAUACUGUAGCUACGAGCUAUCCGGUGCGGCGGGUUUGGAGGGGAGCUCCGCUAAACCACGACCUGCAGUGGUAACAUGGCGCUUAAACGAAUUCAGAAGGAACUGACUGAUUUGGCCCGUGAUCCUCCAGCACAGUGUUCAGCAGGUCCAGUUGGGGACGAUGUGUUCCAUUGGCAGGCUACAAUCAUGGGUCCUAACGAGAGUCCCUAUCAGGGUGGUGUUUUCUUCCUGACUAUACACUUCCCAACAGACUACCCCUUCAAACCUCCAAAGGUUGCAUUCACCACAAGAAUCUACCACCCAAAUAUUAACAGUAAUGGCAGCAUCUGUCUGGAUAUCCUCAGGUCCCAGUGGUCUCCUGCACUUACAAUUUCUAAAGUUCUUUUGUCCAUCUGCUCACUCUUAUGUGAUCCAAACCCAGAUGAUCCUCUCGUACCAGAGAUUGCACGAAUCUACAAAACAGACACAGAAAAGUAUAAUAAAAUGGCAAGAGAAUGGACAGAGAAAUACGCCAUGUUGUAGGUGAGGGGUACAACAGAAUAGCACGGGAAUGGACACAGAAAUAUGCCAUGUGAUGUUGGCAGGACACAUUUACAAACUGUUGUUUAUGCUCUUGUGUUUGGUCACUGUCUUAAGGCAAUUUCAUCACAUAUGUCUCUUAUGGAGAAACGGUCCCCAGUUGUCUGCUCAAACAAGACUAUAACAAGACCUGCAGGAGCUGCCAUUUUCAAAUAUCAUGUGGACCUCAUUCAUCAAGUGGAGUCUUUUCUCUGCUUCCUGCUUCUUUGCCUUUUGGUCAGUAUGUCAGUUACUUACUCUGACCUCUUGCCUCAUGCAAUCUUUCUAAGAGCACAGUGCUGGCCUGCUCAGGCAGAGGACUGUAGGCUGUGCUACUGCUUCUUCCGGGCUGCACUGCAUGUCAUCACAGAGUGAAAGUUCAGUUGUGGCACAGCACUGGGAUUAUCAGAUGCCUUCUUUUGUUUUGCUCAUUCUGCAAAUCUGAGAUCCUUUCUUGGCCCAAGCUUUAACAUCUGUAGCAAUGAAAUACACCCCAAUCAACUAGCAUAAAUGUCCUGCUUUUAAUUUUUCCCUUAAAUAAAGUUACAUAACUCA